GCGCCUCCGCCUCCUCAGUCCGGUGGAGACCGCGGGCGGGGCGGCACGUGCGGCGCGCUCGUUGCGCCUCGCGACUGUCAUUGUUAUUGCAAUGUGCACCAUUGUUCGAAUCCAUCCCAGCUCAAUCAAUACCAUAUUUUAGUGAAACCACUAGGCCUAUUACAAGCGUUUGCCUACAGUAUUUAUUGUGCUAAAUUAACGUUAGUGUUUUAUACAAUACAUAGGUACACAAAGUACCGGUGACUUAUUGACAAGUGAAACUCUAAUCGUUUUAUUCAUCCGUUGGUGGAUCGUGUUUAUAGCUACUGAUGUUUAUAUACUAAGUGAAUGUGAUUUUUUUAUACGUGGGCAUGCAAAUCAAUAAUUGAGGAUACCCUGGAGCAAGUCGGCAACAUCUCUUGUGUGGGUUAUACCACACUCUGCUGCAUAUUGAUCAGGACCUCUCCGUUGGGACAUCACAGAAUUGGCAUUAUUGCUUGAUUACCACGAAAACAGACUUGCAGUUUCAUUUAUAUUGGGAAGCUUUUUGCAGAAGUCUCGUGAAAAUUCAAUUCUGUUGGACAUAUCUUUACAAACAGGGGUGAGGAUCGCACGCAGCUCUCGCAUUGCGCGUUCGUAAUGUCCCGAUCUUGCGUGAGGUAGGGGGCAGCAUGGGCGCCAACAUGGGCAAGAACUCGAGCCUGCUGGACGCGCUGCCGUCGGCGCAGGGCACGCUGCACGUCGUCAUGCUGGGCCUGGACUCCGCCGGCAAGACCACCGCGCUCUACCGGCUCAAGUUCGACCAGUACCUCAACACGGUGCCCACCAUCGGCUUCAACUGCGAGAAGGUGAAGGGCACCCUCGGCAAGUCCAAGGGCGUCAACUUCCUCGUGUGGGACGUGGGCGGGCAGGAGAAGCUGCGGCCGCUGUGGAAGUCGUACACGCGCUGCACGGACGGCAUCGUGUUCGUGCUGGACUCGGUGGACGUGGAGCGCAUGGAGGAGGCCAAGAUGGAGCUGAUCCGCACGGCCAAGUCGCCGGACAACGCGGGCGUGCCCAUCCUGGUGCUGGCCAACAAGCAGGACCUGCCGGGCGCGCGCGAGCCGCGGGAGCUGGAGCGGCUGCUGGGGCUGCGCGAGCUGGCGGCGGGCUCGCGCGACGCGCACGGCUGCCACGUGCAGCCCGCGUGCGCCAUCACCGGCGAGGGGCUGCACGAGGGGCUCGACGCGCUCUACGACAUGAUCCUCAAGCGGAGAAAGCUCGCCAAGCUGCAGAAGAAGCGCGUCAGAUAAACGCGCCGCGGCUGCAGGGCGGAUAUUGUUUGUAGCGACACCGUACGUGACGGUAUUAAACACAUGCUCAUUGUGUAGAGAUUCGUUUGUUAGUCCGAGGUUGAAACACCAAAUAUUGUUUUAUUGUUAUUUUAUACAAAUAGCUGUAAUGAUAAAUUAACGUCUUAUGAAAACUUGAGUCCGUGUGGCUCGCUUAUGCAUAUUUGUAGUGCAUAUUUAGUUUGAGGGUGAUUAUGUUUAUUUACAACUAGUCAUUUUCGAUUGAAAAAUGCUAGAAUGGCUGAACUGAAGGUAUAGGGAGAAGAUAAUAGUGCACUUGCACUCAUAUAAUAUUCAUAUAGAAAGAAAAAGGUUUUUGUCUGCAACGAUACCAACCAAUGAAAUCAUGUUAUUCUGAAUGAAACCAGUGGCUCACAAACUAAAGUCGGACCAUAAUCGAUAUUUAUAGCUAAUAUUAUGUGGAUUAUACAUAAUAAUUGUAUGUAAGUAGUUUAUUGUAUGUAAACAUUAAUACAAGUGUAUCACAGAAGCGUAUGUAAAAUUAUUAAAUAACAGACACAUCAUUAUUUAUUUAGUUUUUUCAAACAUUAAGUAUUAAGAUCCGAUAGUUGGCCUCAAUUAGAUUUUUUACCUAGCUUACUUCCCAUCAUUUGCAUAAAUAUUUCAUCUAGAUUGGUACUCAAAUCUAAACUCUAUAUUCCAGCAGUCAUUUAGGUACCUACCUGUAGUUAAAGAUAAUUCCCUUGUUUAUAAAAGUAACUUACAAAAUAAUAUGAAUUUUACUAAUGGUUGGUUGCGUUUUUUUAACUCUCAAUCAUUGAUUAUAUAAUCAACGAGAGGUGUGUUACAUUUGUAAGUUAUUUUUAUAAAUAAGGCCGUUUUACUCGCAAACAUUUUAAAUGUGACGUUUUUAAUUAGAUGUUUUAUAAAGAGGCUUUUACUGUUUCCCUCUCGGAUGGUUAUUUGUAAAUAUUAUGUAAAUAGAUCUUCUAUCUUUAAAAUAAUUAUUUUAAUAUCUUAGGUUUUUUUACACUCCUUGAAACGGAAAUCAAAUUAAUUUUUGUUCCAUUUGAGAUUGUUCUCAGUGAUAAGGUCGAAGAAAUUAAACCUGUACCUAAAUUGUUUAUGAAAAUAAUGUUUCUCAAACUAAGUAAAUAAAUAUAUAAGGUUUUAAGAGACACUCAUACCUAUAUCGUGAUAAUUUAUGCAAGAGCCAUUACAUAUUUGAUUAUACAUAAAUUUAUAAAAUACGGGCACUUAACUAUUUAUUUCAAAGAGCAUUUGUGGAAAAAUCAAUUUGUACUGAAACAGAAUUGAAUUUAUCACUGAAAUCGAUCAUUAUAAUUUAUAUUCGUGCCACAUCUACGCUUCCCUCAAGAGAUUAAUUGUUGUAAGUGUAAUCACUUACAACGCGGUAGAUACCUUCGGUAUCUGCCAGUUUACUUUAAAAUGAAGGCUUUGUUGGUAUAUAUAUGGUACCCAUCAUAAUUAUAUGAUUUAUAGUUUUCAAGCGACAACUUCAGAUAUUUAAUAUUUUUACAUAAUUUUAAUUAUAUAUUUUAUGUUACAGUGUAAAUAUGUAAAUUCCCAUAAUUAUGCGUCAAUACCAUGAAACCAAACAAUUGUAAGAAUAGAAAAUGUACAUUUUGUUACUGAUUUUCUUUUAUUAACUGUAUCUGCAACUAAUGCAUAUAAGUAUAUUGUGUAUUUGUGUUUUGUCGAGGAAUUAAUUGAUAGAUGUUUCCAUAUUAAUUCCCCGUAAAUAAAAGUCUGUUUUGGAUAUAA